AUGGCUCGCGGCAACCAGCGGGACAAGGCCCGCGAGAAGAACCUCAAGGCUCAGGCCGGCCAGAAGAAGGCCAACACCAAGAGCGGCACCGAGAUGCAGCGCGACCGCGACGAGCUGGCAAAGAAGAUGCGUGAGAAGCAGGCAGCUGGUGAGGACUCCUUUUUUCUUCUUUUUCUGGCGGCAAGCCGAGGAGGGGGUGACGUCGUUGAGGACCGUUGGCUACAUGAAGACUCAAACUGA